GCCAUUACGGUACCAUCCGAUCGAGUCUACGAGUACAUCAAGUGCGUGUUGUAAUACGGUUUCUCUGUGCUCAAGGCUUCAAAUCAGUUGACAUUCAUCACCAAAUCAGUGAAGUAUAUGGAGAAAACAUUAUAAGUGAUGGAAUGGUGCGGAAAUGGGCCUUUAAAGAUGGCCGCACAAACAUUCAUGAUUAGGAACGAAGUGGGAGACCUUCAGUCAUUACCGAUGACCUGAUCCAAAAAGUGAACUGUAAAGUGAAAAAGAACAGACGAUUCACGAUUUCGUCCUUAGCUGAACAGUUUCCUGCUGUCUCAAGAAGUGUUCUUUACAAAAUAAUUGUGUCCGAACGUUUAAAUUAUCGGAAAUUGUGUUCACGCUGGAUGCCAAAAAUGUUGACUGAUGAGCACAAAACCAAAAGAUUGGGCAGUGCAUUGAGUUUUCUCUAACGAUACAGUAACGAGGGGGAUGAUUUUCUAAGCCUUAUUGUCACAGGCAAUAAAACAUGGGUAGCCUACGUUACACCGGAAUCGAAGCAGCAAUCAAUGGAAUGGCGGCAUUCAUCAUCUCCUAGGACAGUGAAAUUCAAACAAACAAUUUCUGCUCAGAAAAGCAUGUGCACUGUGUUUUGGGACAGAAAGGGUGUGUUGGUGGUCAAUUUUUUGACCCGCGGCGACACGGUCAAUGCAGCAGCGUACUGUGAGACUUUACAAAAACUGCGCCGCGCAAUUCAAAACAAAAGGCGUGGCAUGCUGAGUGCAGGUGUCGUUUUGCUCCACGAUAAUGCCCGUCCACACACAGCAAAUCGAACACUAGACCUUAUGACUUCUUUUGGUUGGAAACAAUUGGACCACCCUCCCUACAGUCCCGAUCUAGCGUCGAGCGACUACAAUUUGUUUAUGCACUUGAAGAAGCAUCUGGCGGGGCAGCGCCAUUCCGAUGACGAAGUGAAAACGACUGUGAAGCAGUGGUUGUCUACUCAUACAAAAGCGAUGAAUUCUGAAUUUGCAAAAGUUCUGGCCAAUGAAAUGAAACAUUACUCUGAGUCACACGAUGUUGACACAAUUUCGAAAGUACAUAGUGAGUUGGAUGAAUUGAAAAAUAUCAUGGUAAAAAAUAUUAGAACGGAAUUGAGCUCAGAUGGACAUCACUGUGAAGAUAUAAAUGAGUGUCUCGUUGAAAAUGGCGGUUGUUCUCAUGACUGUAUCAAUACAUUUGGAAGCUCAUUUUGCAAUUGCCCAGAAGGAAUGGAGUUAGCUUCUGACUGGAAAACAUGCCAAGAUAUAAAUGAGUGUGAAGACAGCGAAAUCCUAAAAUCCUGCCCAAAGAGCUGCAUCAACACAGUCGGUUCCUACAGAUGCUUAGAAUUCUCAGACCUACAGAAUGAUCAAAGCGUUCCUCAAGUCUGCAGCAAACUGUCGUUGCCUCGUAGAGGGUUUUUCAACUGCUUGAGAAAUGGUGCACACUUCAAGCUCAACAGAAAAGGCAGGAGAAGGGUUGUGAAUGAUCCAGGAACCAGAUGCGAGCUACAUUGUCCGAUAGGAUACAGGCUUGUUGGAGAAUACUACGUUAUUUGCGGAUCCGAUGGAGAAUGGAUUGGGAAAACCAGUGGCAGAUGCAAACGUUCUAAACCACCCAGAAUACAAUGUCCAGCAUCACAAGACCAUCUAGUUUCAAACGAGAAAAGCACCACGCUGGUCAAUUUCCGUUCACCUGCAACUAAUGUUCCAUGGAAGUUCGUAAAAUCCUUUCCACGUUGGGGAAAAGAUCUCGAGACAAAUCUCACUGUAGGAAAAUACACUGUUAAUUUUAUAGCUAGAGAUCCACGCUCCAAAAUGUAUGCUUCUUGUUCAUUCACUAUAACCCUUCGGUCUUCUCAAACCUACUAAGAUAAGCGUGAUAGAACUCGAUUUUUGUAGAAAGCUUACUAAUUCAAAUAUAACUUUAACAAAGAUUAA